GUCUCCUCCCUCCUCCCCAACCCGCGUCUCCAGGCUGAGCCCUCCCCGGGGCCCUUGCCCACCUGGCCCGCCCCUGGCAGGAAGGAGGAUGGCGGAGAGUGAAGCCGAGACCCCCAGCACCCCCGGGGAGUUUGAGAGCAAAUACUUUGAAUACAAUGGCGUGCGGCUCCCUCCCUUCUGCCGGGGGAAGAUGGAGGAGAUCGCCAAUUUCCCGGUGAGGGGCAGUGAUGUCUGGAUUGUCACCUAUCCCAAAUCAGGCACAGGCUUGCUACAGGAAGUGGUAUAUCUAGUGAGUCAGGGAGCUGACCCUGAUGAGAUUGGAUUAAUGAAUAUAGAUGAACAGCUUCCAGUCCUAGAGUAUCCUCAGCCUGGUCUGGACAUCAUCAAGGAGCUCACAUCUCCUCGCCUCAUAAAAAGCCACCUACCAUAUCGGUUUUUGCCUUCAGACCUCCAUAACGGCGAUUCCAAGGUAAUAUACAUGGCUCGCAACCCCAAAGACUUGGUAGUGUCCUAUUACCAGUUUCACCGCUCCCUAAGAACCAUGAGCUACAGAGGAACAUUUCAAGAAUUCUGUCGAAGGUUUAUGAAUGACAAGUUAGGAUAUGGUUCAUGGUUUGAGCAUGUGCAAGAAUUCUGGGAACAUCACAUGGACUCCAAUGUACUUUUCCUCAAGUAUGAAGAUAUGCACAAGGACCUUGCAACAAUGGUUGAGCAGCUGGUGAGAUUCUUGGGAGUUUCUUAUGACAAAGCACAGCUGGAAUCCAUGGUGGAACAUUGCCAUCAACUCAUUGAUCAGUGCUGUAAUGCAGAAGCCCUUCCAGUUGGCCGGGGACGAGUUGGGCUAUGGAAAGACAUCUUCACUGUCUCAAUGAAUGAGAAAUUUGAUUUAGUUUAUAAGCAGAAGAUGGGAAAGUGUGACCUCACAUUUGACUUUUAUUUAUAAAAAACAUGCAUGCAUACAAUAUCCAAAUAUUAGCUAGAAGUGCUUUAUGCAUUCAUUUAUUACCUGCUGGACAAACUACUGUAGCUAUUAUGUGUAACAUGACUUAAAAACUAACAAAAUCUAAGUAACCAUAGGGAACACUAUUAUUCUUGAUCCUAAACAGCUGUUUAUCCUUCAGCAUUUUAAUCUUUUGUCAACAUGCAAGAAUUUCAUAGAUAAUACAAGAAUACUCAGCUGUUAUGGAAUGUAUUAUCUAAGUAUAAGGUAUGUAUUAUAUAUGCAACUAGAAUGUACACUUUUUCAGCCCCACAUUGAUUAUUUAAUGUAUUUUAUAGAAGCUUUUCACUGGAAACCUAAAUAAAAUUCAGUAAACCAAAUAAAAAAUUAUUUCAGAAGGAAAUCAGUAAUAGGCCAAACCAAACUGUAUGCUAGAAUGAUCUCAGGGGUUAGCUGUCACAUUUAUUUUUAUAGUUGGAAUGUCAAGGACAAAACAAUCCUAUCCCAAAUUAAAAGGAUAAAGAUGGGGGUUUCCUUUAAUUUUCGCACUUCCAUUAUUUGUAGGAUUUCUGAGUGGAUACCAUUCGCUGGCAUACUUUGCAAGACAAACAUAACUGUGGUUGUCACUCCACGCAUACAUGCUCUUAUGUCUGAUAAGAGUGGCUGUAUACAGAGUGAAUGAAAUUCAUCCCUGUGAAGAGGGCAGGCCAUCACAAGGGCCUGUUCAGCACUUAAGUCUCACUCAAGCCCUCAACAUAGGGUGUAAGUGAGUUGUAAAUGGUGCAUGGGGCUUGUGCUGGGCCUAUGGUUAGGAGUCCAUUUCUCCCAGGGUUUCUGUGAUACGUGCUGGUCUUCCACACAGGUCUGAGGCUAGGUCUACACUGCCCGCCUGAAUCAGCGGGUAGAAAUCGAC